AUGGUCGACACCUCAGAGAAACCAGAACUAACUGAAGAACAACUAAAGCAGUGGAACGAGUGGAAAAACCGUGGUAAUGGGGGCAACAACAGUGGUAAUGGGGGCAACAAUGGUGGUAAUGGGGGCAGCAACGGUGGUAAUGGGGGCAACAACGGCGAUAAUGCGGGCAACAACAGCGGUAAUGGAGGCAAAAACGGUGGUAAUGGGGGCAGCAACGCCGGUAAUGGGGGCAGCAACGGUGGUGAUGGGGACGGUGGUAAUGGAGGCAGCGACGGCGGUAAUGGGGGCAGCAACGGCGGUAAUGGGGGCAACAACGGCGGUAACGGGGGCAGCAACAGUGGUAAUGGGGACAGCAACGGCGGUAAUGGGGGCAACAAUGGCGGUAAUGGGGGCAACAACGGCGGUAAUGGGGGCAACAACGGCGGUAAUGGGGGAAGCAACGGCGGUAAUGGGGGCAACGACGGUAGUAAUGGGGGCAACGACGGUAGUAAUGGGGGCAAUAAUGGCGGUAAUGGGGGCAACAACGGCGGUAAUGGGGGCAGCAAUGGCGGUAAUGGGGGAAGCAACGGCGGUAAUGGAGGCAACAACGGUGGUAAUGGGGGCAACAAUGGCGGUAAUGGGGGCAACAACGGCGGUAAUGGGGGCAGCAAUGGCGGUAAUGGGGGCAACAACGGCGGUAAUGGGGGCAGCAACCCCGGUAAUGGAGGCAACAACGGUGGUAAUGGGGACGGUGGUAAUGGAGGCAGCAACGGUGGUAAUGGGGGCAACAACGGCAGUAAUGGGGACAGCAACGGCGGUAAUGGGGGCAGCAAUGGCGGUAAUGGGGGAAGCAACGGCGGUAAUGGGGGCAACGACGGUAGUAAUGGGGGCAACAAUGGCGGUAAUGGGGGCAACAACGGCGGUAAUGGGGGCAGCAAUGGCGGUAAUGGGGGAAGCAACGGCGGUAAUGGAGGCAACAACGGUGGUAAUGGGGGCAACAAUGGCGGUAAUGGGGGCAGCAAUGGCGGUAAUGGGGGCAACAACGGCGGUAAUGGGGGCAACAACGGCGGUAAUGGGGGCAGCAAUGGCGGUAAUGGGGGCAACAACAGCGGUAAUGGGGGCAGCAACCCCGGUAAUGGAGGCAACAACGGUGGUAAUGGGGACGGUGGUAAUGGAGGCAGCAACGGUGGUAAUGGGGGCAACAACGGCGGUAAUGGGGGCAACAACGGCGGUAAUGGGGGCAACAAUGGCGGUAAUGGGGGCAGCAAUGGCGGUAAUGGGGGCAACAACAGCGGUAAUGGGGGCAGCAACGGUGGUAAUGGGGACGGUGGUAAUGGAGGCAGCAACGGUGGUAAUGGGGGCAACAACGGCGGUAAUGGGGACAGCAACGGCGGUAAUGGGGGCAACAAUGGCGGUAAUGGGGGCAACAACGGCGGUAAUGGGGGCAACGACGGUAGUAAUGGGGGCAACAAUGGCGGUAAUGGGGGCAACAAUGGCGGUAAUGGGGGCAACAACGGCGGUAAUGGGGGCAGCAACGACAGGGACGUCAUCACCAGGAACUAA